AUGAAUCUCAAUGAAAGCUACCUAGAUGCUGAGAUACCGAAGGGUCAAUUGAAGCAUAGUAAAAGUGGGAAUUUUGAGGGUAUUCCAAUCGUGGCAACGACUUCAGAACCAACGACAUCGGUUAAUCUAGAUGAAACAUUCUUCAAGAAGGCGCCUAUAGCAAUGCCAAUAUGCGAUGAUCAUUCUGUUAGUAAAUCUACCUCUGUAAAUUCUUUGAAUACAACAUCUUUGGCAUCCAGAAGAUCUCCUUUGCAAACAAAAAAAUUGCAAGCUAAAAAUAAUUUAUUGUCAGCAGAUUUGGCAAAGAGCAAUGAUGAUACAACGAGAGCACUAAACAGUCCAAAAAAGGAUUUCGGUCCUUAUUUGGACAGCGAGAAUGACAUCAGGAGUCGCUUGGCCGAAAGCAUAUAUUCUAUGGAAACAUCUAUAAGAGGAUCGGAACUACAGAGACGGCCGUACGUAAGUAACGAAAUUCCUAAUGUAUUCAAGUUUUCGAAGUUCAAUAGUAACUGCAAGUUAAAUGAGAGCCAGACUCUCUGUGACAAAAAUUUCUUCAUAUUCACGUCAGCGGGUAAACCGAUCUAUUGCAUGCACGGCAAAGAUGAACAGAUCAUGUCAUAUACAGGGCUCGUUAAUACGGUAAUAAGCUACUUCCAAGUCAAUGGACCAUCGGAAUUGAAAACUAUAUCCACUUUAACUUCUGGUAAAAGGCUUACUUUUUUGGAUAAAUCACCUAUAUUACUAAUGGCUCAAUCCGAAAGAGGCGAGUCCUCGAACGAAUUGUUGAAUCAGUUGGAUUUUUUAUAUUCGUAUAUUCUUUCGUCUUUAAGUGAACGCCAAUUACUUAGGUUAUUUUCCAAAAGAGAAAAUUUCGACCUGAGAAAUUAUCUAGAAAGCACAGAUUUUGAAAAUUUAGACGAAAUAUGUUCACUAAUCUGUAACAGAAUGUUCCCGGAUUUACUAUUGAACUCUUUACAAUGCUUACCAUUUAACCAUUCUUCAAGAUUAAAGUUGCAGAAUGUGGUUUUACAGCAACUGGAGAAAAGGCAGGACAUUCCCAGGGGGACCUUACUGUACGGCUUGAUAAUUGCGCCUCAGAAUAAAUUGUGCUGUGUUCUUCGACCCAGAGGCCAUACUUUACACACUACAGAUUUACAUCUUCUAUUUUGCCUAAUAUCUCAUCAAUUUCAAAAUUUAGACGAAACUCAGGAACUUUGGGUACCCAUUUGUUUUCCCAAGUUCAAUUCGAGUGGUUUUCUUUAUUGUUAUAUUAAGUUUCUACCUAAUGAUACUCACAGCAAUGAGAAAUCGGCACUAGUAUUAAUAAGUGCACAAAAGGAUGCAUUCUUUUCAUUGAAGUCGUUUAGUGACGAGUUGAUUAUUAAACUCGAAGAAGAGAAGCUAUUGAAAAAGAUAAAUACUUCAAAAGGGUUCAAGCUUAGCGAUAUACCAGCACCAAUGGUUCAUCAUUUCAUAUAUAAAUCGAAGCAAAACGUUCAAUAUGUUAUGCCGCACUUCGAAGUCAACAGUAACAUCGCACUGGAUUCUUCACAGGGGCUAGAAUAUGAAUUGAAAUUGAAGACAUACUACCAACAGUUACAUGGCACGGUAGUGAGAGAUAAUGGCAAUUUGUUAAGUAGGUCUAUGUUAAAUUUUGUUAGAUGGAGUUCCAAAGACAAUGAGGACUUGGCGAUGGACGAAACACAAAUGGAUUUUUCUGAAUUGGAUGAGUACAUUAUUGGAAAUUCAUCAUUCAAACAAGAAUCGGUUAAUAUGGUAGGAAUGGCGUGGGUGACGCCCACUUUUGAAUUGUAUCUGAUUGGAAAUAAUGGGAUUGUUGACAAAAGGGUUUUAUUCAAGAGUGCGAGAAAAGUAGCUAAUUGGUGUCAAAAACACGAGUCGAGACUAUUUAUAAGUGAUGGGGCCGUGUUUUAA